AUGGCGGCGGCGGCGACAGUGGCAGCGGGGGCCGGGGCCGCGGCGGGGGCGGAGUCGGCCGAGGGGCCCCCGGGGCCGGCGGCGGCGCUGGAGCUGUGGCUCAAUAAAGCCACAGACCCAAGCGUGUCAGAACAGGAUUGGUCCGCUAUCCAGAAUUUCUGUGACCAGGUGAACACCGAUCCCAAUGGCCCAACCCACGCGCCUUGGCUCCUAGCCCACAAGAUCCAGUCUCCGCAAGAGAAAGAAGCUCUUUAUGCCUUAACGGUGCUGGAGAUGUGUGUGAACCACUGUGGGGAGAAGUUCCACAACGAGGUGGCCAAAUUCCGCUUCCUGAAUGAGCUGAUCAAAGUGUUGUCCCCGAAGUACCUGGGGUCCUGGACCACAGAAAAGGUUAAAGGAAGAGUCAUCGAAAUACUCUUCAGUUGGACUGUCUGGUUUCCAGAGGAUGUCAAGAUCCGAGAUGCUUACCAGAUGCUGAAGAAACAGGGCAUCGUAAAGCAAGACCCUAAACUACCAGUGGAUAAAAUUUUGCCUCCACCUUCUCCCUGGCCCAAAAGCUCUAUCUUCGAUGCCGAUGAAGAAAAGUCCAAGCUUCUGACGAGGCUUCUGAAGAGCAACCACCCGGAGGAUCUUCAGGCUGCUAACAGGCUGAUCAAGAACUUGGUCAAGGAGGAGCAAGAGAAAACUGAGAAAGUGUCGAAGAGAGUCAGUGCUGUGGAGGAGGUACGGAGCCACGUGAAGGUGCUGCAGGAAAUGCUGAGCGUGUACCGCCGGCCCGGGCAGGCCCCACCAGACCAGGAGGCCUUGCAGGUGGUGUAUGAGCGCUGUGAGAAGCUGCGGCCCACGCUGUUCCGGCUGGCGAGCGAGACCACAGACGACGGCGACGCGCUCGCGGAGAUUCUCCAGGCAAAUGACCUCCUCACCCAGGGAGUUCUGCUGUACAAACAGGUGAUGGAGGGCCGAGUCAUCUUUGGGAACACAGUGACCAGCUCAGUGGGAGACCUAGCUGUCUCCAGAGUCUUUCAGAAACCCGCAGGCUGCACGAAGAGCUGCCCUCUGAUUGACUUGGAGGUGGACAGUGGAUCUGAGCAGGCCGGGACUGUGGCACCGUCCUUGCUUCACCAGGACCUGGCAGCCUUAGGACUCAGUGAUGCUCCGGUUACCAACAAGGUUGCUGGUCAGAAUUGCUGUAAGGAAGAGAAGAAUCCCCCCGCCAGCAUGCUGCCAGGUGGUGAUGUUCAGAGCCCUUCUGCAGAAAGGAACUUGCUGGAUCUCCUCUCCCCACAGCCAUGUCCAGGGCCUCUGAAUUAUGUUCCACAGAAGAGCAUUCCUAAGGAAGUGCCCCCUGGCACUAAGUCCUCUCCAGGUUGGUCCUGGGAAGCUGGGCCAUUGGCUUCUUCCCCAUCCACCCAGAAUACACCGCUGGCUCAAGUGUUUGUCCCUUUGGAGUCUGUUAAGCCCAGCAGCCUGCCGCCUCUUAUCGUGUAUGACCGGAAUGGAUUCCGAAUUCUGCUCCACUUUUCCCAGACGGGGGCCCCUGGCCACCCGGAGGUGCAGGUGUUGCUGUUGACCAUGAUGAGCACUGCCACCCAGCCUGUCUGGGACAUCAUGUUUCAAGUGGCCGUGCCGAAGUCCAUGCGAGUGAAGCUGCAGCCGGCAUCCAGCUCCAAGCUCCCUGCCUUCAGUCCGCUGACGCCUCCAGCUGUGAUCUCUCAGAUGCUGUUGCUUGACAAUCCGCAUAAAGAGCCCAUCCGGUUACGGUAUAAGCUGACCUUCAACCAGGGUGGACAGCCUUUCAGCGAAGUAGGAGAAGUAAAAGACUUUCCAGAUCUGGCAGUCUUGGGUGCAGCCUAACUUUUCACAAGACAGACCCCGCCAUUCAAGCUUAGGCCAGUGUGACUUUUGCUGUCUAGAUAUGAGUAAUCAUGGUGAUGUAGUGCGGAGUGCCAACAGUUCUAUCCUGACGUCAGGCUCUGGAUCCCAACCUCUGACUUCUUCUGCACAUACUAUUUGUGUGUGUGUGUGUGUGUGUUGCAGGGCAUUUGGGGGAGGAGAGAGCAGGGCUUGGGGUGUGGACAGUGUGGGAAAUGCUGAAGCAUUUCUGACAACCAUCUGCUACAAUCAUCUGUUUCUGCAUGUUUGUGGACACGGAUGUCCCCACCUCAGGUUGGAGGUUUUAUAAGCCAAAGUUGUGUUGUGUUUUGUUUUUUUUCCAUGUAUUGUUCUCUUUUCAUUCAUCCACUCUGUGCCUUGUCAGCCUUUGAAAGUCUUGGUUGCUCCCAGGCUGCUGUUCUCAGGGACCUUAAAAGGGACCUGGUUGGUCUUGGGGCCGAGAGUACCUUCUGGGGCACUCUCUUCCAAGAAAGACCUUGUCUCCUUUCCAUUAGAGAAUGCUGCUUGCGUGUGUUGGAGAAGAUCUUCAGAAUGGAAUGCUCGGUGCACUGUUUGCGGGCGAGGCGCUGCCGCUAGACCAGAGGACCACGCUGGGUGGGCCACUCCGGUCCUUCACCACUGUGCCUUAGAAUCACCCAGAGAAGACCUUCCGGGGCAGAGGGGAAAGCAGGUCCCAGGCCGCACGCAGGCCUCAGGUUCUGUGGGUGGGGCAGCCCGUCUCGGCCCUUCCUCAGGACCCUCCUCUCCGUCCUCCUCCUCCUCCUCCACAAGCGCCUCCUCUCAGAGCUCUUCCGUGGUGACGCCACGCCCGUCGUCAGUCGUGACAGACGGGCUCGCCGUCGCCUGUCUCCACCAUCCAGCAUGGAGAACUGUGACACAGAUAGAUAAGAAAAGAGCUUAGCAGUGAUUUCAGUGGUGAAAAUAGAAAGUCCUUGAAUAAAUACUGUGUAGCAAA